AUGAGUUCCGACUAUUCAAAGAAAUAUGAAGACUUUAUUGGAGCACUUGAAAAGCUUUUCCGUAUAAAAUCUAAUGAAUCUAUUGAAGAUAUGUGCAAUAUUAUCAAUAAAGUAUUGAUUUCGAAGUAUCAACUUACUAAAACACAACUUAUGAUGAUUAUUACCAAAGCGUUUCAAUAUAAUUAUUCUUCAGGAGAGAUUUAUGUUAAAAUACUCAAGAAUAUCGGAUUGAUUAGUGAAGAGAUUUCUAAAUUAACAUUUCCAUUGGAAGGAUCAAUCCAAUUUAUUGUUAUACAUGAUCAAAUUGAUAAAUUCAAGGAAUAUUUUUCUCAAAAUGGAAUCAAAAAUAAUAAAUUUAUUAUAAUUCCUAUUUUGAAUAAAACAAAUAUUGUCACUUUGUCAUUAAUUGAAACAUGCGCUUAUUUUGGAUCUGUAAACAUUUUUUAUUUCUUAAUUUCAGAUCAAAAUUAUAAAAUAUCAACAAAAUGUCUUAAGUAUUCAUUAAUCGGUAAAAACGCAGACAUUAUCAAUGAAUGCUUAAAGGAGAAUCAAAUGGACAUGGAUUGUCUUAGAGAAAUUGUAAAUUCACACAACUUCGAAAUGCUUCAAUUUGUUUUAGAUAGAAAUAUAUUUUCUUCUAAUGAUUUCUGUGAUUCCUCUUUUGAUUUCCUGCCUAUUUUCGAAGAUAUUAUCAAAUAUCAAAAUCUGAAAGCUGUAUUUCUACUUUUCGAGAAAGAAAAAAGUUCUAUCAUUCCAUGGUGUGCUGCAUUUCCUCAAACAAUUGAUAUCAUCAGAAACGAAAGGCUUCCUGAUACAAAUGAUUGCAUGAGCAGAAAUAUUAUUCAUUAUGCAUGCAUGUCACAAAAUUCCGAUAUCUUUAUGUUUUUGUUUAACACUUCUUAUAAAAUUAACAAUAAUCAUGAUCGAAAAUCGAUGACUGCUUUGGAUUAUGCAGCAAUAUAUAAUAAUAUAGAUGCAGCCAAAAUUCUUGUUUCACAUGGUGCAGAAGUCAAUAUUAAUCUUGAUUUUCAUUGUUUAUUUUAUUCAAUUCUCUUUGAUUUGAUAUUGAUAAUUAUAAGAUAG